AUGGAGUCCAAACUGGAGGCCCUGCAGUGCCACUUCAACUGGGAUCUGGACCCCAGCAGGUCCAAACUUCUCUGUCUCAGGGACAAGCUGGAGGACAUCGGCACCGAAGAGGGAUACAGCUGGCUGGGUCACAUUUACAACCUGCAGGGGUUCAUCCACUACCAGCUGGGGCUCACCGAUGACGCCUGCCGUUUCUUCAGCAGGGCCGCAGAGGCCUUCCGCCAGAUGAGAAACACCGUUUCAGAUGAGGGUCCCUGGUUAGUGGUGAACCACGGGAACCUGGCUUGGCUGCACUAUCACAAGGGAGACAAAGCAGAGAGUGACGCACACCUGUCAAAGGUCGACGCCCUGAUGAACGAAUACCCAUCUCCAUCCCAGGACGAGCUCCAUCCGGAGAUCUGCGCUGAAAAAGCCUGGACCCUGAUGAAGUUCAGCGCAGACAAAAUGCUGCUGGCUGCAGAUUACUUCCAGAGAGCCAUCAGGAUGCAGCCGGACAUGGUGGAGUGGCACACUAGCCACGUCAUAGGGUUAGAGAACGCUCUGAGGCACAUUGACAAAAAGCUGGAGGCAGACAUCUUUGAGAAAAUGAAAAUCGCCAAAGAACACGAUCCAAAGAACUUGUACCUCACUGCUCUGUACCUUGAGGCAUGUGCUAAGAAAGGGAAAAAAAUUGAAAGUGAUGCACGUGAGCUGGCCAGAAGGGUUUUAAGGAAACCCAUCAGCAGCUACAGUGGUAUCAAACCAUUACUAAGGCUGUACAGAAUCCAUGUAUCCAUGGAUGAGGCCAUUGAUUUGGCAGAGGAGGUUCUGGAAAGACAUCCAGAUGAGCGUUAUCUGAAGAGGUGUGCUGCAAUCUGCUACAAGAAGAGGAUCUUUUUACACAGGGACAAUCCCCUGGAGCACGGCAUGAUCGACAGAGCAAUCAGUCUCCACAGGGAAGUGAUUACUCUUUACCCUCUCUCUUCACUUACAAGAAAAAUAUCUCUCGCAAACAUAUACGCACAGGACAAUCGCCAAGAUGAAGCUGACCAGAUAUACGAGGAGCUGCUGGAAAGCGAUCUGGAUGCUGAAGGGGCACAGAUGCUUUACAACUACUAUGCAAAAUAUGUGCAUUUCAUGCGAAAGGAGAGCUACAAGUCGAUAGAAUAUCACAUGAGGGCAGCAGCGAUACCACAACAAUCUUCCUGGCGAAAGGACAGCAUCAGAACUCUGGAGAGGAUUAGAGGAAGAAACAGAAACCGAAUGUGUGGAGAAAUAGACGAGUGUCUGAGUAACUUGCAAAACUAA